AUGACUGAAUCGUUAUCGGUAACUUCCCAACCGAAGAAAUUCCCAGGUGGCAAAGACUGUACUCUAACACUACAUCUAUUAUCCGCUCAACCUGAAAAAUAUAAUAUCGUCUCACUUAUAACAUUUACUCCUGUGACUACUAAACCGUUUCUCGCUCAUCCGCAGCAUUUGAUAAAACUUCAAUCCUUGGCUCUUGCUCUUCCUCAUCAAUUUUUAUCUGUCACCCCUCCAUAUGUAGAAUCAUAUCGUUCUCUAAUCAUUUCAUGUAACACUGAUGUUUUAGCAACAGGUGAUAUUCUUGAUGUUUGUAACCGGUUUAUGGAUCGUGUAGUUGAAGGUACAGAUGUCGAAUUAGUACGCCCACUCUGGGAACGUGAAAGGACAGAAUUAAUUGAAGAAAUAUUCAAAUUAGAAUUUGAGGUUUUGAUAAGUUGUGUAAAUUUAGAAAAAGUCGAAGAAGAAGUUGCCAGAAAAUUGGUUGGAAAUAUCCUUACAAGAGAUUUAUAUGAAAAUGUUAUAUUAAAGCAAGAUGUAGAUGGAUGUGGUGAAAUGGGCGAAUAUCAUAGUAUGGUAUUAAAUGCUCCAUUGUUUAAAAAAAGAAUUGUUAUUAAGAAAGGUAAACAAACAAUUUCAGAGGAUGGAAAAUUUUUAUUUUUUGAAAUUCAAGAAUGUGAAGCAGUUGAUAAAAUCGUAGGUGUAGACGUUUAG